AUGCAAGUUCUCCGGGCCGCUGCUUUUGCAGCUCUUUUUGAAAGCACCUGGGCAGCUGUCACUUGCGACGGGUCAUUCAGUGACAUUUCCGCUUCUGACUACGUAGCUAAGCUCCACCCCGGAUGGAACUUGGGGAACACCCUUGAUGCUAUUCCCGACGAGGGAUCAUGGAACAAUGCUCCUGUUCAAGAAUCGACGUUUGACACUGUCAAAUCUGCUGGGUUCAAGAGUGUCCGACUUCCAGUAACAUGGACACACCACUUCACUGGAAGCUCUCCCGACUGGACUGUUGAUCCAGAAUGGCUGGACAGAGUCUCUAACGUUGUUGACGCUAUCACGUCUCGCGAUUUCUACACCAUCGUCAAUGUCCAUCAUGAUUCAUGGGAGUGGGCCGAUGUAACUCAAUCCGGUGCCAACAUCACUGAGAUCGAGGAGAAGUUCUACAGGUUGUGGUACCAGAUUGGCACAAAGCUAGCUUGCAAAUCUAGUCGGGUUGCUUUUGAGUCUAUUAACGAGCCCCCUGCUGAGACCGAAGCCCAUGGCACCGAAAUAAACAAGUUGAACGAGAUCUUCAUUAAGGCUAUCGGGGACGCCGGAGGAUUCAACAAGAAGCGUGUUGUCAACCUUGUCGGAGGCGGCCAGGACAGUGUGAAGACAUCUCAGUGGUUCAAGGCUCCUGCCAACAUCCCAAACCCCUACGCUAUCCAAUUUCAUUACUACGCCCCAUAUGACUUCAUCUUCAGCGCGUGGGGCAAAACCAUCUGGGGAUCCGAUGCCGAGAAGGACACUUUGACCACCGACUUCGAGUUAAUCCGAAACAACUUCACUAAUGUUCCCCUGAUUCUCGGCGAAUUUGACGCAUCCUCUACGAACACUGAGCCCGCCGCGCGCUGGAAAUACCACGACCAGCUCGCGAAAGCUGCUGCACAGUUCGAUAUCGCCACCAUUCUCUGGGACAAUGGGUUAGACCACCUCGACCGUACAAAAGCCAGCUGGCGCGACCCCACCUCUAUUGAUAUCCUCACCAAAACGACCGAGUCGACAGCCAACGGUCUGCCCGACAGCACCGAAGAUGCCUCCGCUACGAGCCAGUCUUCCUCAGCUUACAUUUUCCACAAGUCCGGAACCCAAGUCGCCGCCCAGACCUUGCCCUUCAUCCUCAACGGCAACACCGUCGAAUCCAUCAAAGAAUCCGGCGGCAGCACUCUAUCCAAGGGAUCUGACUACAGUGUAUCUGGAUCCAACAUCGUCUUUUCUGCCACUUAUCUCGCAAAGCACUUCUCGUCAUCCACUUCCCCGGGCGUCAUUGCUACCCUGACAGUGAAGUUCUCCGGGGGCGUUGCCUCGCCUACCAUCCAGCUCGUUCAGUGGGAUAAGCCAACCCUCUCUUCCACCUCUGCCUCCGCGUCCUCGGUCUCCGGAUCCGAUCUCUCCAUCCCCGUCACAUGGAAGGGUCUAUCCAAACUAGCCACCGUCAAGGCUCUCACUGCAAGUGGAAAGUACCUGGUCGAUGACUGGACCCAAUGGCUGGGUCCUUUGCAACAGGCUAGAGCGACAUACUCCAACCAAUGGAACUGGGACGACAAGAACGUAAUUCUCACAUCGGCUGCUAUCGAUGCUGUUGUGUCUGCUGGAGAAACCACGACGUUUACGUUUGAGUUUUAUCCUAGGGUGAAUGGGACGGCCAAUGCGGUUGAGUUUAAGUUGAAUGUUUAG